AUGUCGGACAACGUGCACCAGAACAAGGAUUUGAAGGUUGGUACCACUGCUGGCGCCUUUCCCAAGCAGGAAGAUGAUGCUAAAACUUUGGUUCUUGGAGAACUAUCUUCCGAAGAGUGGAGCCCUGGGGUGGAUGACCCUCCUGUGAACGAGGACUCUCAAGUACCUGAUAGCCCAGGGGUGGAUGUGGAUGACUCUCAGGUUCUGCAAAACUCUCAACCUGUCUUUUCACCCAAGGAAGAGUUCCCUGAUUCUCAACCUGUUGAACGGGUUGAGGAGAACAAGGAAGAUCCAUCUCCCGAGUCGCCCAACAUCCAUGAUGACAAGAGUGUGGAGGACGAAGGGAAGGAUGAGUCUGCUGAGGGUGAAGAGGAGGAACACGCUACCGACGAUGAGGUGACUGGUUUCUUGACCAUGGAUGACAACGGUAACUUGCUUCAACAUGGCCAUGUCAGCGAUUAUUCCUACCAGCUCAUGCACUUCAUCCAGGACAUCAUGGCUAAU